GUACUAGUACCUGUCAAAAAUUUUUUUUUGCCACGUUAGGUUAUGUCAGCUCUUGAUAUGUUUAGUGCAAUUAAACCAAACAUUUGAUAAAAAAGUGACGUGUGUGGUGCUUGAAUUACCGGCAAAAUAAUGAAUAGUUACAAUUAUUUAUUUAUUUUAGUGUUAUUAUCAUACACCAGUUAUGCAACCGAAUUAACGUUCGAAUUGCCCGACAGUGCCAAAGAGUGUUUUCACCAAGAAAUCCAUAAGAACACGUCUGUCACUCUUGAAUUUCAGGUUGUGACAGGGGGCCAGUAUGACGUCGAUGUCAGUUUGCAAGACCCUCGGGGGCAAGUCAUCUACAAGCAGAUCAAAAUGCAGUUUGAUUCACACACAUUCACGGCCGAGCAUACCGGCAUAUACGUCGUUUGCUUCAGUAAUGAGUUUUCAACGUUUUCCCAUAAGUUGGUCUACAUGGACUUCCAAGUGGGGGAAGAGAAGCCCCUGCCCGGGCUUGGCGAGCACGUCACUGUCAUGACUCAGAUGGAGUCCUCAGCCCAGGAUAUCCACAAGGCUUUAACCACGAUUCUAGAUUUUCAGACUCACCACAGAUUGAGGGAGGCCCAAGGCAGGAAAAGGGCCGAGGAUCUGAACGAGAGAGUCCUGUGGUGGUCGAUUAUGGAAACUGUUGCUGUUAUUACUAUAGCAGUGGGGCAAGUUUUCGUUUUGAAAAACUUUUUCACCGAGAGAAAGCCCUUCAAUAUUAAGUGAAUCUUUAUUUCUAAAUCAGUUUGAGUGUGUUGUGAGUCAGUUAUGUAUAUAAAAAAUAAAGUCAGGGGUUAGUUCUCGUUUUAUUUUAAUUUUUGAUGAAAUAUUUUUACAUUGUGUUCAAAGUUUGUUAUCAGUUGUAAAAGCAAAUCCAAUAAAUUAAGCCGUAUUUGAUA